AUGAAACUUCUUUGUUUCUUUUCAUAUCUAUCCAUCCUUGAUAUUUAUUUAUUUUCAGGUCUAUCUGUCUGUCUAUCUAAUUCUAUUGCUAUCUAUUUCUUUAUUUUAAUCUAUUUCUUUCUUUAUUUUCAGAUCUAUCUAUCUAUCUAUCUAUCUAUCUAUCUAUCUAUCUAUCUAAUUCUGUUGCAAUCUAUUUCUUUAUUUAAUGUCUAUCUAAUUCUGUUGAUAUCUAUUCCUUUCUUUUCAUGUCCAUCCAUCAAUCUAAUUCGGUUGAUAUUUCUUUCUUUCCAUAUCUAUUUUCAUAUCUAUCUAAUUAUGUUGCUGUCUAUUUCUUUCUUUAUUUUCAUGACUAUAUACCUAUCUAAUUCUGUUUAUAUCUAUUUCUUUCUUUUCUAUUUUAGAUUCCUUUCACAGUUUGUUUUUCCUUUGAGCAGAUGUAAGAAUACAGGUAUCAGGGGAUUUCAUGUUGUCAGUUCGACUACAGUUACCCGACUGACUCAUCUAUAUUCUGCUUUUUUCCUUUUUUUUUUUUUCUUCUUUCCGCCCAUUUUCUCUCUCUCUCUCUCUUUAUUUUUCUCUUUCUCUCCCACACUCUCUAUCGUUCUCUGUCUUGGUCACUCCUUUUAUAAUUUUGCUCUUUGUGGUUUCGACCCCCUUCUUCAUUCCUCUGUCUAUCUUUCCGCUUAUAAUUUUGGUUUCUUCUUCGUGAUGACUCACACCACCCAUUCUCUUCGUCUCAUCCGUUAUGCUCCUCAUGCGAAGUUAUCUAUCUAUCUAUCUAUCUAUCUAUCUUAUAGGACCUAA